AUGAAACUCCUCUACCCCACCUCCGUCAAGCUUGACGUCCAAAGUCUCCAAGGCUUCUCCGUCUCCCUCCACCCCUACGACGUCAAACUCCCAAUCCCAGAAGAACACACCGACGCCGACAUCCUCAUAACCUGGGCCAAUGCAUCCACCAACCUCCAAGACGCUGCAAAGCGCCUCAAAAACAUAAAAUGGAUCCAGUCCCUCGCCGCAGGCCCCAACGACGUCCUCAGCGCAGGAUUCGACAAAUCCAAGAUCAUCGUAACAUCCGGUGUUGGCCUCCACGACGGCCCAGUAGCCGAACACGCACUCGGUCUCCUCCUCUCCGGCGCACGCCGCUUCCACGAAAUGCGCGACUACCAACUUCAAUCUAAAUGGCCGGCUCAUCUAGGCGGCUCAUUUCCUCGAAACGACUUCACUACUGUCCGUAACUCGCGCAUCCUAAUCUGGGGCUUUGGAAGCAUCGCCAAGAAACUUGCUCCCUACCUUACAGCGCUCGGCGCAGAGGUAAAGGGUGUAGCGCGUAGCCAUGGAGUCCGGAACGGGGUCGAGGUAUUCGGUGAAGAUAAGCUUUCCGAGCUUCUACCUGAGACGGAUGCAUUGGUGAUGAUUCUGCCUGGAUCCGAGGCGACGAAUAAUGCUUUGAAUGCUGAGAGACUGAAGUUACUUCCUAAGCAUGCGUGGGUUGUGAAUGUUGGUCGUGGUACCUCGAUUGACGAGGAUGCAUUGGCGGAUGCGUUGGAGAAAGGGGAACUCUCAGGAGCUGCGCUGGAUGUGUUCAAAACUGAACCGCUUCCCGAGUCCAGUCGUCUUUGGAAGACGCCUAAUCUUAUUGUCUCGCCUCAUGCAGCUGGAGGAAGACCUGAGGGAUGUACGGAGUUGAUUGCUGAUAAUCUGCGCCGCUACCUGGCUUCUCAGCCAUUGAAGAAUGUUAUCUGA